AUGGCUGCUAUUGCUGGCAGCAAAUGCACAAUCCUUGCCAGACAGAACAAGUUUAAUGACCACUGCUGCAUGCGCUGCUGCUCUCCUUUCGCGUUCCUCAUAAAUACUAAGCGCCAGUGCCUGGACUGCAAAUUCAAUGUCUGUAAGAGCUGCAGCAGCUACAGCAAAGAAGAAAAGGCAUGGAUCUGUGCGGUUUGCCAGACGAGCAGCUAUCUUGUGGACUUUGAGUACAAGAUAAUAAUGAUCAUCUUUGGAAGCAGAUAA